AUGAAAGAGAAGCAUUACAUCUUCCUUGUGCGCCGCCGUCUCCGCCGCGAGGUUCUCGUGCCGCUGCGUAAGGACCUGGAGCUGCCCGAGAUUUAUAUGUCCAAAAACCAAUGGUCUGAUCUGCCUUACGAGCGCGUGGCCUCAGAGGCCAUGAGGAUUUACGAGCACUUGUUCAAGAAGCACGAUGAAGGGCGCUUCACGGCGUUUCUCAAAGACCACAAAGAUAGCCGCGAGGCCGCCAAGCACAAGGCAAAGAAGGCGGCGCCCCAGCCACCCCUUCUGCAAGACAUCAUUACCUCGCUUGGCCUGGCAUCGCAUGCCAGCAACAUCAAACGAAGGGAGGAUGCUGCUCAGCAGUGGCGCACUUUGGUCGAUCAUCUCCGUGGGAAGGGAUCUCUGUGCAAUUGUAUGGCGGUCUGCGACGUCAACAAGGGGGGGCUGGUCAAAAGUGAAGGCCAGAAGUUGUUGAAGAUCUGUGUGGGGCUUGGAUUCUUAAUCUCUGAACUCAGUUCGCCUCCAUGGACGAACUCGGUGCAUGCCUUCGCUUCAAACUAUUUCCCUCUUGUGCUUCCUGUUGGCAGCUAUCGGGAAAAGUUGAAUUUUAUUCGCCAGAUGCCUUGCGAAGAGAGGUUUAACCUAAAGAAGGUGUUUGAGGGGAUAAUUACAAGGGCAGUAACGAGUGGUGUUACCCCGGACAAUAUGGUGAAGACCAUAUUCAUAUUCACAGACAAGUUUUUUGAGAAGGCAUCAGUGCGUCCGGUUGAGCUGAUUGAACAUGAAGAUUUUAAUCCAUUGUCGUCGCGUCCGUGGCAUGAAGAAUAUCGGAGGGUGUGCGAAGAAUUCAAGAGGGUAGGCUUUCAGGACGUGGUACCUCAGAUCGUACUGUGGAACCUUAAGGGGCCACGCUCUGCAGGCUUAACCGCAACUAAGGAUGGAGUCAUGACACUUAGUGGAUACUCGGAUGAGUUGAUGAGAUUGUUUCUUGAGAACAAUGGGGUGGUGGAGCCGGAAGAUGAGAUGCUUGAUGCAAUUGCUGGGGACGAGUACCAGAAACUUCAAGUGAUUGAUUAG